GAGCCGAGAUCUCUCCUAAUCCCUCCCCGGCAAACCUCAGCCGGUGGUUUCAACGGUUUUCGGUGGCGGGAGGUGUUUCCCGGAAAUAGGGUCAGAGCAAGUUGGGGUGGAGUCUGGGCCUCGGCCGGGACAGGGGAGAGCGAGGGGCCUGGGACUGGAGGGGCGAGAGUGAGGGGUCUCGGCUGGGACAGGGGAGAGCGAGGGGCCUUGAGCCGGUGGAAGGGUCCCAGGCCCAGAGGGCUGCUUGCACUGACAUGAAUUUCUCGGAGCUGUUUAAACAGUCGAACCAGUUGUGCAGACUGUCCCCUGAUGGACGAUAUUCGGCAGUUUGUGUCCAGUACCGACUGGUAAUCCGUGAUGUGCAUACCUUGCAAGUCCUGCAUUUGUAUACAUGUUUGGACCAGAUUCAAUAUGUUGAGUGGUCAGCAGACUCUCUCUUCCUCUUGUGUGCCAUGUACAAGCGUGGACUCGUACAGGUCUGGUCCUUGGAGCAGCCUGAUUGGCACUGCAAGAUUGACGAAGGAUCUGCCGGGUUAGUGGCCUCGCGCUGGAGUCCAGAUGGACGUCACAUUCUCAAUACUACAGAGUUCCAUCUGAGAAUCACUGUCUGGUCGUUGUGCACCAAAUCUGUAUCUUAUAUCAAGUAUCCCAAAGCUUGUCAGCAUGGGAUGGAUUUCACCAAGGAUGGCCGCUACAUGGCGCUGGCAGAGAGACGGGACUGCAAGGAUUACAUCAGUAUCUUCGUGUGCAGUGAGCUGCAGCUGCUGCGGCACUUUGAAACUGAGACUCAGGACCUCGCUGGUAUUGAAUUUUCACCCAAUGGCUGUGUGCUGGCAGUCUGGGACUCCUGUUUGGAGUAUAAAGUCCUUUUAUUCUCAUUGGAUGGGCGCUUGCUGUCCACCUACAGUGCAUAUGAGUGGUCUCUUGGUGUGAAAUCUGUUGCAUGGAGUCCAAGCAGCCAGUUUCUGGCCAUUGGUAGCUAUGAUGAAAAGGUAAGAAUUUUAAACCAUGUGACUUGGAGAAAGAUUGUGGAAUUGGAACACCUUCCAACCAUCAAAGAUUCAAAAAGUGUUAUAUAUAAGGAGGUUGAAAGUUGCCCAGACAAUAGCACUGGUGUUUUGUCUUUACCUCCACUUGCAACUGGAGCUAGUUCCUUGUUCAGCUCAGAAAGUAAAUAUGAGAUUUGCCAGCCUCCAGUUCAAGUCCCUAUAGUGAAGCCUGAUCCAGAUCGAGCAAAUCCUAAAUUAGGUGUUGGGAUGAUUGCUUUCAGUCCAGACAACCGUUUCUUGGCAACCAGAAACGAUAACAUGCCAAACACUGUGUGGAUAUGGGAUGCUCAGAAGCUGAAGCAAUUUGUGGUUUUGGAGCAAGUAUCUGCUGUGAGAUCCUUCCAGUGGGAUCCAUGUAGAGCCCGCUUGGCCAUCUGUACUGGCAGCAACAAGGUGUACCUGUGGUCUCCUGCAGGAUGUCUGUCUGUGCAAGUACCAGCAGAAGGAAGUUUCCAGGUUUUAUCAUUGCACUGGCAUCCCAGUGGAGACUCUUUAAUGCUGAUGAGUAAGGAUCAAAUGUGUAUGUGUUAUUUGGAAACUGGAGAUGAAAGUUAACAAUGUGCUCCUUAGCAGAACUAGUGUGAACUUUCCACUUCUAUGUGCUGACAGCAUCGUAGACCCUUCAACAGUACCAACUCCUUAUGAAAUGGAAAUUAAAAUGUGAAAAAUAUGCUUUUGCCAUUUUCUGGAGAUAUUUGGUACCAAGCUAUUUUUAAAAAUUAAUUGCACAUAUUCUGACUUCAGCAAAUCUCAUUUCUUGACUGAAAUAUUUUUCUCUUUUUGAUACUGGAUCCCUUGUUAAAUGAUCAACAUUCCCCUAAAGUUGAUGCUUAAUUGCUCAGUUAUUCUUGGAAGGAUGUCUGGUUAUUAACCAAGGAAAAUAUUAAGUUGUUUGGGGGAGGGGGAGAGAACAAUCCCAAAUUAUAUAAUUGCUGAAUUUGAUCUUAGUUGAGAAUUGCUUUUUUGGGGAUUUCUUUUAAAAGUCAACUAACACCCUCUAAGUCUUCAUUGAUCUUGGACCAUCUCAUACAUGUGAAAGAAACCAUGCAAAUAUGAUUUUUUUUAAACAGAAGACUUGUAUGUAGUUUCUCAAAGAUGCAAACUUCCUUGAUUGGUGUUCUAAGCAACUAUCAAAUGAAAAUUACUGAUCCUUUGUAGUCCCUUUCUGUGAAAGAUGAUGCGUUACUCUAUCUAAGGAGGUGCAGCUAGACUUUUUGCCAUGUGCCAUGACAUUUUUUAAAAAAAAUUAUUUUUUGACUCUGGCUAUCAUAAAGCUUCAUUGUGCAACUUUGCUGUCUUAAAUUAUUAGUUCAUAAAACUUGUAAAGGAACCGAGCAACUUAAGUUUUUAUGUUCCAUUCUAUGCUGCUGGAGUGUAUGAAUUGGUGUUAAGCUAUCAUGGAAACAGCACAGGGACAUUUUGUUCCAUUGUCCCAAAUACAGACUAAAUUUUGCUGCAUUUUAACUGACUGGUGGAGACCAACAGUGUAGUGCCCAAAAAAUGUUCUAUUCCAUUUUCCAGCAGUAAUGAUCCCUGACACUUUAAAAACAAAACUAAUGUUCAAAGUUUUUAGUUGAAAUUGAAAUGCCAAGAACUGGCUUCAUUCUGUUGCUUUGUUUGUGUAAGGAUAGUCAGAAUUCCUACUUGCAUGAUUUAACCAAGAUAUUUUCUUGGGUUUGUUAUUUUAUAAUGCUGUUCAUAUUUAAUUAUCACGUGCAGUUAAGUUUGAAUAUUUUCUGCACAAACAUCAUGUCCUUGUGAGCUAGUUUGCUGAUAUCCUUUAACUUGAAGCCCUUGUGUUGUAUAGAAACAUUAGCCACACGAAACAAAUUGAUAUGUCUAGUGCACAAACUAUCUUUUAUUUGCUGUAUAAAGAUGAGAUUUCUCAAUAAUAGAUACUGUGGAAUUAUCUAAUCUUGUGGUUAUAUGUAAAUAUUUGUAGGAUUUGUGUUUUAAUAAAAUUUACACUUUAUAUUUGCCUAUGUUGCUAUGUUAUAAAUUUAUUAUCUGGGCUGUUAGCUGAAGUUUGGAAUUUUGCUAGGAUUUAGGGAGUAGUAGAAUGUUACUUUAAGCUUUGUAAUCCAAUGUAAUGGGAGUCAAAAUAACUCCCAAUUGCAUCUCUCAAAAUAUUUAAUGAUUUUGAGCCCAAUGUUAA